GGGGAGAGCGGGGCCGAGAUGGCGACCGUGAGGAGGGCGGCGCCGCUGCGACUGGCGGGCUUGGCGUCCCUCCGGGCCGUGAGCACCUCCACUCUGGGCGCUCUGCCAAAGCAGGUGAAGAUUGUGGAAGUUGGUCCGCGGGAUGGAUUACAGAAUGAAAAGAACAUUGUCCCUACACCAGUGAAAAUCAAACUGAUCGACAUGCUUUCUGAAGCAGGACUCCCUGUCAUAGAAGCUACCAGCUUUGUGUCUCCCAAGUGGGUUCCCCAGAUGGCUGACCAUGCCGAAGUCUUGAAGGGCAUCCAGAGAUUUCCUGGCAUCAGCUACCCAGUCCUGACCCCAAACCUCAGAGGCUUUCAGACAGCGGUUGCUUCUGGAGCCCGGGAAGUGUCCAUCUUUGGAGCGGCCUCCGAGCUCUUCACUAAGAAGAACAUCAACUGCUCCAUCGAAGAGAGUUUUCAGCACUUCGACAGUAUCUUAAAGGCCGCUCAGGCAGACAGCAUUCGCGUGCGGGGGUACGUCUCCUGCGUACUGGGAUGCCCCUACGAAGGGAAGAUCUCCCCCGCUAAAGUAGCUGAGGUCGCCAAGAAGCUGUACUCAAUGGGCUGCUAUGAGAUCUCCCUGGGGGACACCAUCGGGGUGGGUACCCCAGGGGCCAUGAAGGACAUGCUCUCUGCUGUCAUGCAAGAGGUUCCUGUGGCUGCCCUGGCUGUCCACUGCCACGACACCUACGGACAGGCCCUGGCUAACACCUUGGUGGCCCUGCAGAUGGGAGUCAGUGUCGUGGACUCUUCUGUGGCAGGACUUGGAGGCUGUCCCUAUGCACAGGGGGCAUCUGGAAACUUGGCCACAGAGGACCUGGUCUACAUGCUAGCAGGCCUGGGCAUUCACACGGGUGUGAACCUCCAGAAGCUCCUAGAAGCUGGCACCUUUAUCUGUCAGGCCUUGAACAGAAAAACCAGCUCCAAAGUGGCCCAGGCCACCUGUAAACUCUGAGCUCUCGGCCUCCUGACGUUCCCGGGGACGGUACCGAUGAAUCACGGAUGGGGAUAUGGAAAUGGAAGGGAGCAGGCACCUCGCAGUAAAACAGGAGGGGCCGAGGGAGCUGCUGGACCUCCACGCCCUGAGUGAGAGGCUGUGGCGGUUGCACGUCGCCCUUCACCUAGGAGUUGGAUGUGGAAGUGUUGCUGAGGACACUGGGAAGCCCACUGCCUGGUCCUGGGCUGACCUAGAGCGCCCUCUCUGGGUGACAUCUGCUAGCUCACUGCCUGCCUCUCCACAGCUCACCAGCAGUGACCCUGGGGCCACUGCUCCCUGACGUCUCAGAGCAAAGGGACCAAGGGGUGGCCAGCUGCCAACUCGAGCACCACUGGAGUUCUCUCCACUCGGAAUGUGAUUUUUGAAAACACUUCUGUAAUUAAAGGUUUAAUGGCACCAAA